AUGCGCAGUUGGUCAUCACAUAGUGUCGAUCAUGUCGAACCCUUUCACAAAUGUAUUCAUGACCUUAUAGAAAAUCUCACAAAGUUUAAUAAUGAAGUGAAAAUUCAUCUCUACAUCAUAUCAAAUACUCGUCAACGUCGUCAAAAUCUAAUCAAUCAAAUUUCGAAUAUUUAUCAAAAUACAUCUAUUGAAAUUCUUAAUCCAUUCGACAUGUCACACACAACGAAUAUUGUUGAAAAGAUGCAAUACACAUUAGCAGAAUUACUUAUUUUAUCUAAAAUGAAAUAUUUAAUCACAACAUCGAAAUCAACAUUCGGUAUGAUUGCUCAAGGUUUAGCACGUAAAGGUGCUUGGAUAGUAAGACAAGGUGCAAAUAAUGAAAUUCAAUCUGUUGAUUCAAAUCUGUGUCAAUGGGAAUCAACAAGUGAACCCGAAUAUCAAAUCAUGGAUUCAUCUUUAUUUAAGAAUAGUUGUUUGAAAAAUCAAGGUGCAAUGCAAAAUAGGUCGAUGUACAUGUCGAAAACUCAUCAUAAACAAUCGAAAGUUAAAUUUGAUGAUGGUUGGUUUCAUUGUUCAAUUCCAUCGUCUGAAGAUGAUAUCGAUGUGAAAAAUAUAUCGAAUAAUUAUCGAUGGACUGCCAUUCAAUUACCACAUAUUGAAGAAGAAUCGACUGAACAAAGUUGGUUAUAUCGGAAACAGUUCUCAUGGAAAUCAGAUCAUCAAGUUGAGAUUAGCUUUGAAACAUUAAAUUCAAACUUCUCAAAUCAGUUUUUGACUAUUUGGUUAAACGAAAACGAAAUAUUUUCCGAUCAAAUCCAAUCUUCUCCUAUUUCAAUCGAUAUAUCGGAUCGAAUAAUAGAUGAAAAUACAUUGAUAAUCUUAUCCAAAAACACGUCAUUUGCUUUACAUGUAUAUUUACUUGUACCAAAGCAUAAUUCAAAGAAAAAGAAAACAUUACCGGAAUUACCUUUGACGAAAAACCGAGUUUUAGAUUAUCUCAUUCGAUUUAAUGAUACCGACGGUUUAUUCGAAAUUAAUUCCACGUCUAAUCUACUCAAUGUAAGUUCCAAUCAGAAAAUCAAUAACGAUGCAGAUAGUACAAAGACAAAUGUGAGCACAUCGUCAAACACAAGCAGCAUUCUGGAUCAUUUAGUCUAUUCAAAUCAAUUUGAGAGAGAAAGUCCUCCUGAGAUUGUGAUUCAUGAUGAUGAUAAUGAAGAGCUUCAAGUUCCACGUUUGACAAUUCUUAUGUUGGUUGUUGGAACACGAGGAGACGUUCAACCAUAUGUAGCUUUUGGUCAAAAACUUCGUUCAGCUGGUCAUCGUGUUCGUUUAGCAACUCACGAGAAAUUUCGAAAAUUCGUUCGUGAACACGACUUAGAAUUCUAUCCAAUCGCAUCCAAUCCCGAAGAUUUAAUGUCAUACAUGGUGAAAAAUGGUGGCGUUUUUCCGUCUUUAACUAGCGUUAUUGAAGGAGAUUUAAAACGCAAUCGUCGUGAUAUAAAAAAUAUUCUUGAAUCAACAUGGUUAGCUUGUAUUGAUAAAGAUGAUGAAACAUCAAUUUCAUUUACUGCUGAAGUUAUUAUUGCUAAUCCUCCAUCAUUUGGUCAUAUACAUUGUGCACAAAAACUACGAAUUCCAUUACAUAUGAUAUUUACAAUGCCAUGGUCACCAACAACUCAUUUUCCUCAUGCUUUUUGCAAAGUAGAAUGUUCAACAACAUCAGCAAAAGAAAAACUAAAUUGGGUUUCUUACGAUGCAAUUGAAACUUUGACAUGGUCCAGUACACAUGAUAUUGUCAAUCGAUUUCGACGAGAUACUUUAGGACUUCCACCAAUACAUGUUCGUCAAGCAGUGCGAAUGCUUGUGGAUGAAAAUGUACCAUAUACAUAUUGUUGGUCACCAUCACUAGUUCCUGCUCCACUUGACUGGCCACCGCAUAUCAAUGUGUCUGGUUAUUUCUUUCUUGAUAAUGAAAAACAGUCGUUUAAACCAUCGGAUGAUUUAGUAAGCUUUCUUGGCUUGAAUGAAAAUCAGGAGAAACAAACGAAAGUUUCUGCACCGUUGUAUAUUGGAUUUGGUUCGAUUACAGGAAAUGAUUCGAAUCGUCUUUUGAAAAUUAUUCUGGAAGCUUUAAAGAAAACAAAUUAUCGCGCAUUACUUUCAGGUUUUGAUGAAAAUGACGACGAAUUACCCUCAAAUAUUCUCAAAAUUUCUGAUAUUCCUCAUGAUUGGCUUUUUCAACAUGUUUCGGCUGUGUGUCAUCAUGGUGGUGCUGGUACAACCGCAGCAGGACUUCGUGCUGGAAAACCUUCGAUAAUUGUUCCAUUUUUUGGUGAUCAAUUUUUCUGGGGCCAUGUCAUUGAAAAAUCUGGCGCUGGUUCAAAACCUUUUCCUGGCAAACAAGUCACUGCCGACGAAUUAGCGGAAGCAUUUGAAAGCGCCCAUACGUCAUCAGCGCGAGAAGCUGCUGAGCACAUUCGCGAUGCCAUAGCUCAUGAAAAUGGAUGUUCAACAGCAUUGCGAAUAUUUCAUUCUCAGUUGCCAUUAUCAAGAAUGCGAAGUGAUCUGGAAUCGACAUUUGCUGCAUGUUAUCGUGUUAAUGAAUACGAUUUACAAGUCUCACGACCGGUCGCUCAAGUUUUGAUUGCAGCUGGUGCUUUAGAUGAGUCACAAUUCAGUCCACAUUCGACUCGAGAAUGGUUAUCAAUGUAUGAUGAUCGUGUUCAUCUUCCAACGAGUGGAGUUUUGAAACAUACGAGUAAAGCAUUUUCACAUGUUUUCAUCCAAACUGCUGGCGGAAUGAAACGAGCUUUCAGUGGAGGCAAUUUGGUUACAGGAGCUGUUACCGGCGUGAGUGGAGCAUGUAAAAAUGUUGGAAAAGGUGUCGGUCAUUUAUCAGUCGGUGUCUUAUCGUUAUACGGUGAAUUUACAGAUGUUCUCGAUCGUUUUCCACUGUUAUAUGAUCGAUAUAGUGAUUUGGAUGCGCAUGAUCGUCCACAUGUCACUGAUUGUAAGUCAGGUGUAAAAGCAGCAGGUCAUGUAAUUUUAGACGGUUGGAAAGAUGGUCUGACAGGACUAGUUCGAAAACCUCGUGUAGGAUAUCGUCGUCAUGGAAUCUUAGGUGGUGCAAAUGGUGCGUUAAUUGCCGCUGCAAAUGGAAUUGUCAAGCCUACAGUUGGGUCAUUGGCUUCAGUGACUUGGUUAGGUCGCGGAAUGUAUGCAAGUGUGAAGAAGAGGAAAAGAUCUCGAACUGUUAAGAAAAAUUCUUUAAUUAACAAAAUUUCAGCACAAACAGCAUUUCCAGCUUUAUCCUCAACCGAUGAAGAUGAGCACGAAGAAGAUAAUGAUGAUGACGAGAUACCACGAACAAUCAAAUUUGCUGCUAUUGUAUCUGGUUAUUCUGCGGAUGUUUGUCAAGAUAUUUUAAAUAAAUUCGAACAAGUGAAACAACAUCAUGAGCGACUACGAAUAUCCUCACCAGAUCAAUCAAAUCAAUCUCGAAGAAAACGACUACGUAUACAUCAUCGGAGAAAUUCUGAUUCUGCUCUUUAA